AUUUGCAUCUCACCUCGACGCUCCAAUGCGUCUGUCCACUGUAGUGUGGUGCAGGCGCCGCCUCACCACACGAUCAUUUCGUUCCACAACACCAUUGCUGUGUCCGUCAUUACUACCCGUGUCGUCGCCGUCGUCGUCCUACUCGACGUCGGCAGCAUUCAAACGCUUCAAUGCACAACAACAUCGCCUGCCUCCACAGAACGACUCCAGGCGCCCCAAUACAUCACAAAGGGACAGCGAUGCUAAUUUAUUUCGGCGUCGUGCGCCUACACCUCAGCCUGUCUCUCCCGCCGUCGUUUCUCCCCGGUUCCAUAUUCCUGGCAUGAAAGAUACUCGUCGCCUAUAUCCUCCUGCCUUACCAACCAGCAAACAUGCAAAAGGAAUCGCCUUCACCACUCUGCACGACAUGAACUACAUUAAAAAUACUUACGGCUCAAAUCCUCUGGCGCAACCAUCGGCGAAUCACGUUGACGACCCUAAGAACGCAGUCCACAACCUCGCCGCCCUUUAUGGUGAAAAACCUGAAUAUGUUCGAGAAAACGGCAAGUACAAUCGCCAAUUCCUAUCAAGAACAACUGUUACCCUUCCCUUCUUCAACCCACCAAUAGUUGGUAUUGGUGAUGCCCCGUCCGUGAAAGGCUCGGACCGCCUUGCCAAUCUAUCUUUGGUAUACCAGCUAAACAACCAGGGACUGUUCGAUGCCAAACCCUCUUCUCAACCUACUACGGUCACACUUUCUGACAAUUCUAUCCUGGACCUCCAUCUUGCCACGGAAUUCCUUGAUUAUUAUUGCCGCAAAUUCCAUUUCCAGUCUGCAGAUAUUCAGUAUACCUCUCAUGGCAAUGUCUGGGAGUCUAUCAUGUCUAUCAACGGGCGCAAAGUCGGUGUUGGCGUUGGCCGAACCAAAAAGGAUUGUACACAAGCUGUCUAUAUGGAUGUAGUGCAGUAUCUCGAAAAGUGCGACCCCGACCUUUGGAAGGAGUUCGUCGAGAAGCACAAAACGGGUGACCACCUAGGUGACGGACCAAAUGUCCCAUUCUACAUGAAUAGGGACUUGAGCGACGACAUUCGCGAUCUUUGCGUUGAUCUAGAACGCAGUACGCUGUAUCGGUCGAAGCCAUCCGCCAUCGCUGCCCCCAUUGUUCCGGUCAAUACAGGCUUUCAAAGUAGGGCCAGUUCCGACGACAAGUUGGCAGACAAAUCCUAUCUCUUGCAACAGCGUCGCAAACGUUACCUCGAGUCUCCCGAAACAGAACAGAUUCGCGCUACACGGAUGGCCCUUCCUUUACACCAGCGAGAAGAGGAGAUUUUAUCUACCGUUGCUGCUAAUGACGUAUGCGUCUUCAUGGCCGCCACUGGUUCCGGUAAAACGACACAGAUCCCCCAGAUAAUCCUAGAUUCGUACAUUGACCGAGGAGAAGGCGCAAAGUGUAAUAUUCUGUGCACACAGCCUAGAAGGUUAGCAGCUCUGGGCGUUGCAGACAGGGUUGCUACGGAAAGAGGAGAGACGCUGGGAAAAACUGUAGGAUAUCAGGUCCGGUUUGAACACAAACUCCCUGAAAAGGACGGAUCCAUUACGUUCCUCACCAUUGGAGUAUUCUUGAGGAAGAUGCAGUCCGUUCUCGCCGACCCCAACAACACUGAUUUUGAUCACAUCACACACGUCCUUGUCGACGAAGUCCAUGAGCGCGAUGUCGAUACUGAUCUUCUCCUUGUCGUCCUUAAACGCCUUAUCGCAGAGAGAAAGGCCAAGGGUCAGCCUAUCAAGGUUGUCCUGAUGAGCGCUACCAUCGACCCCACACUUUUUCAGAAUUACUUUCCCGACGACAAUAAUCAGGCUGCUAAAGCAAUCAGUAUACCUGGGCGCUCCUUCCCUGUCGAGAAGAAGUUUUUGGACGAUUAUCUACCAGCUCUCGCCGAAGGCGAGGAGCAAUGGGUGUUGGGAGAACCUUCAGUCAAAAAGUUCUUGGCUAAGGAGAAAACAUUUAUGGCUCCGAAGUCUUCCCUCACAACCGAGGCAGAGCGGGACGAAGACAUGGAUAUUCCUUUCCCUCUGAUCGCUGCCGUUGUCUCGCAAAUCCUUCAGACAUCUAGCGAAGGUCAUGUCCUUGUUUUUCUUCCCGGAUGGGAGGAGAUCAGUAAAGUCCAAAAAUUGCUGACCACGGGAAGAUGGGUCGUUGACUUCAGCGACUUUGAAAUCCAUCUUCUUCAUUCCACAGUACCUCUUGAAGCACAACAAGCCGUGUUCAGGUCCCCCAGAAACCCAGACACCCGACGAGUUAUUCUGACAACGAACAUUGCCGAAACAUCCGUAACAAUCCCAGACGUAGUCUACGUAGUUGAUUCUGCGAGGCUUAAAGAAAACCGCUACGAUCCCGAGAGACACAUGACCUCCCUUGUCACUUCCUGGAUUGGAUCAUCCAAUGUUAACCAACGUGCUGGACGUGCUGGACGACAUCGGCCUGGGAUGUAUUAUGGCAUAUUGAGUCGUGGCCACUGCGAAGCGCUGAAUACUUACCAGACGGUUGAGAUGGCGCGUGUCGACUUGACAAAUGUCGUUAUGCAUGUCAAGGCCCUCAAUUUCCCCAAUAUGGAUGUUAAGUCUGUCCUUGGUGCCACCAUAGAGCCCCCAGAUUCCCAACGCAUUGAUAUUGCAUUAGAGGCUCUUAGAGUCGCAGGUGCUCUGGAUGCAGAGGAGAAUCUGACGGCAUUGGGUCGAAUUCUCUUGCAGAUACCGGUGGAUGUCCAUGUUGGCCGCCUUGUUUUAUACGGCAGCUUCUUCCGCUGUCUCGAUGACGCCUUGACUCUAGCUGCCAUCCUGAGCAGUCGUGACCCAUGGCUAGCACCCAUGAUGAUGAAAGCUGAGGCGAGGAAGGCAAAGGCCUCCUGGCUACCUCCUGAUUUCCGAUCGGAUAUACUCGCAACCUGGCAGGCGUAUAAUGCCUGGAAUAAAAUGAUGUCGGAACGUCGCUAUAUGGAGGCCUCCCAGUUCUGCCAAGACAACUUCCUUUCGAGGUUGACUCUACUGAGUAUGCAGAAACUUCGCUCACAAAUCCUUAGCUCGCUUCGACAAGCUGGUGUAUUGAGAGUCACUGCUCAAGGCCCCGUGCGUGCCUACGCUGAUGAGCUACCUCCAGAACUCAACGAACAUCGUGGUUCACUUCCCAUUCUGGCGGCUUUGAUCACCGUGGCCUCACAGCCCAAAUUUGCCCUAGGCUUUGCUCCAACUGCUCUUCGUACGCGUCGGGACAAGAAAGUAAUGAUGCAACCAAAUAGCAUACACAACGACAAGAGUAAUUUUUAUAGAGGACCCAAACAGAUCUUUGCGUUUUUGGAGAAGCGCUCGUCGACCGACGGGGCGACAUUCCUUUCCAUGGCAACGGAACUCAACUAUGCCACAUACAUUCUCUUUGGAGCACACACGCUGGAGAUCACUCGGAACGCUCUUCGUUGUGACGACUGGAUACCCAUGAUUGGAGAUCUCUCUGCGUUGGAGGAUCUCAUGAGGCUGAAGAGGCUGCUGGAUGGGUGUAUGCUUCGGGUCUUUUCGGGUCUUGUCUUGGGUGGCCGUCAUGGUAGAGCAAACGUGCGGCAGUCUGAGGGUGAGGACGAGGAUGAGGCAGAGGAGGCUAUCCGUUCUCUGUCCCAGGAGGAGACUCAGGAGCUGACAUUCCUAAGUCGGGACGUUGUCAAAAUACUGACAAAGUAUCAUGCUGACAGGCAAGACUUCAAUAACAGUUACAGAGGACGAUCGUCGUUAACCUCAUAGACACAUAUUAUGUUAUCAAAUUUUAGUACAUUAUAAGAUCCCACUGCUAUCAAUCACACCUUAUGGCACCACGCAUUCUACAAUACUACGACACGGUGAAGACGAGCGGACGUUUUUCGUGGAUGUAUGCGACCUAUCGCUCCGCUGGAGAAUCAGGGGUUACUGGAAUACUUGGAUCAACAGACGUUCGCCCUUUCCAGAACCCAGUAUCAGGUCCGUUCAUUAUAAACGCGAGGGUCCAUCGUGAAAGACCACGUAAGGAAUCUGUUCG